UGGCCCGCUGGCGCGGCUUUAGCCACGGGGUUUGGUGCGCAGCUGACGGCCGCUGGGUCCUGCCCUAAGCGCCCGCCCGUCCUCCCGCCUCCGCGGCCCGGGGCGCCCAUCAGCGGCCAGCGGCAGCAGCCGGCCCCGGGAGGGGACAGCCAGCCCGGGCGCCGAGCCCGGCAACCGGCGGAGCGCGUUUCCCUCGCUCGGCAGGCAGAGCCCCGCAGGCGGCGGUCGGGAAGGAUCGGCUCGGCUCAGCUCUGCUCGGCGAGGUCGGCGCUGACGGCGGCGGGCGCCCGGCGGAGGGUCGGCCGUCCCGCUACGCCAUGCCCGUCGCCCGGGCGUGUCGGCUGCCUGCCCUCCUCCUCCUCCUCCUGCUCCUCAGCUCCCACGCCACCGCCGAGGGCCACGGCUCCCUGCGCCCGGCGGGCCCGGGCAGGCAGAGCUCACCGGUGGCGGCCGAUGCCGUCCCCCCGACGGGCGGGACCCUGGCGGUGAGGGGCGCUGAGCCCAAUGUCUCCCGCCCGGCGGCUCUGCCCAAGGGCGGGGGGGCGGGCGGCGGGCGGCCGCGCUCGGCCUCACCCCCGAUGUGCACGGGGCAGACGGAGAUCAAAGAGACUUUCAAGUACAUCAACACAGUGGUGUCCUGCCUGGUCUUCGUCCUGGGCAUCAUCGGCAACUCCACUCUGCUGCGGAUCAUCUACAAGAACAAGUGCAUGAGGAACGGCCCCAACAUUCUUAUCGCCAGCCUGGCCCUGGGCGACCUGCUCCACAUCAUCAUCGACAUUCCCAUUAACGUCUACAAGCUGCUUGCAGAGGACUGGCCGUUUGGUGUUGAAAUGUGCAAAUUAGUACCCUUCAUUCAAAAAGCAUCAGUGGGCAUCACAGUGCUGAGUUUGUGUGCCCUCAGUAUAGAUAGGUAUCGAGCAGUUGCUUCUUGGAGUCGCAUUAAAGGAAUUGGAGUGCCAAAGUGGACAGCUGUUGAAAUUGUACUGAUCUGGGUUAUAUCAGUGAUACUGGCUGUUCCAGAAGCUAUUGCAUUUGACAUGAUUACAAUGGAGUACAGAGGAAAGGAUCUGAGAAUCUGCCUGCUUCACCCCACACAGAAAACAUCCUUUAUGAUGUUCUACAAGCAGGCUAAAGACUGGUGGCUGUUCAGCUUUUACUUCUGUUUACCACUGGGCAUUACAGCAUUUUUCUACACUCUCAUGACCUGCGAGAUGUUACGAAAGAAAAGUGGGAUGCAGAUUGCUUUAAAUGACCACUUAAAACAGAGACGUGAGGUGGCCAAAACCGUGUUCUGUCUGGUACUUGUUUUUGCCUUGUGUUGGCUGCCGCUUCACUUAAGCAGAAUACUGAAACUCACUAUUUAUGAUCAGAAGGACCCCAACAGAUGUGAACUUUUAAGCUUUUUUCUCGUGAUGGACUACAUUGGUAUUAACAUGGCUUCACUGAAUUCCUGCAUCAAUCCAAUAGCUCUGUAUUUAGUGAGCAAAAGAUUCCAAAACUGCUUUAAGUCAUGCUUGUGUUGCUGGUGCCAAUCCAAAGAUCUGUUGUCCCUGGAGGAAAGGCAGUCGUGUUUGAAGUUCAAAGCUAAUGAUCACGGAUACGAUAAUUUCCGCUCCAGUAACAAGUACAGCUCUUCUUAAAACAAGCAUGAAAGGUAUAUUCCCUUAUAUUAAUGCUGGUGCCUUUUUAAAACUGAAAAUGGCAAUUACUUUUAGCAAGAUGGUAACAUUUAGAAAAAUCUAGUUUUGUGUUUGCACAAAAAAAAAACCACAACAUAACAAAAAAAAAGUUGCCCCAAAAGUGUGUCAUGUUGAAAAUCAUGGACAUGUAUAAAAUCAUCAUUUAUGGAACAUGAAGAAAAGUGUGGAAGGAACAAGUCAUUGUUAGCACUUGAAUACUUCUGAAUCAGCACUUCCAAAUUAUCCCACUUCCUGUACAUUAAAGUCAUUUGUAUUCACUAUAACAGUUGCAGGAACUGAAGUCACAGUAAUUGCUAAGCAGUAUAAUAUAAUGUUAAUUGGAUCAAAGCCAUUAUUAUAUAUAACUUGAUGUAUUAUCUUUUAUAAAGCAGAUUAUCCACCAUCAUUAUUGUGUUUUUUUUAAAUAAAACAUUAAAUACUUGCUAACAGAAGUUUAAAUGUAGAAAGGUAAUUUUUUUAAUCAAAGGUAUUAUCAAAGUAGGAAGUGCAAAUAUUGAAGGAUGCAGUCACGUCAAAAGUGCAUUUCACUCUGAUGAUUGUUUUUAUCUAUUAUUGGUAGAAGGAACCUCCCAAGUUCUCUAUAAAUACAGUUCUGAAACCACUGUGCGUGUUCAGUGCAUUUGGCAGCACUUUGGGUAUGGCCCAUUUCAUGUUUUCCAUGCUAUUUGUGUUUAAUGACAGCGGGGGAGAGAAAAACAUAAAAAGCAAAAAUUAAGACUAUUAGAAUGGCUAGCAUUGGAAACCAUCUAUUUUUAACUGAAAACAAAUUUAUUCUACACCAUGUAAACAGUGGGCAUUCAGGAGCUUCAUGGUUCUUUACUUGAGAUACUAUUGUGAUAAUUUACAAUUGUUUUUGCAAUCCAAAUACUCUCAUAGGGCAAAAUCCUUCAGAAAAAGCAGGUGGCAAAAAAUGUAACCAAGGAAAACAGAAGGAGAAUUGGAACUUUUCAUUCAGAUUUAAAUCUUCAUAAAGAAAACAAUUCACAAAUUGUAAUUCUAGAGAACAGUGCUAUGUAGCACACUUGUCUUCAUAGUGUUUUAAAAUAUGUUCUGCUUCUGUAGUUCCAUAUUUAUGGGCUUAAGAAGUGUGAUGAGUUUCUGCUUCUGUAAAUAGUUUAGUGAAGCAUAAUUAAUUAUAAAGUAUUAAAAUAUGGGCAGGACCCUGUAAGAAAACAGAAAGGUAAAGAUGCCAGUAGUAAACAUCAUGUGUGUUGCCAGGAGCAACGCACAUUUUGUACAUACAUGGCAAGUCAUUCUUUGGCUUUUAAUUUCCUAUUAAUUUGUUACAAAUGUCCCCAAAGAUUUAUUAACAUGUUUUGUGCACUAAGGCAUAACUUGUUUCAAGAAAAAAGGUCAUAUAACAUGCUUUUAUAAAAGACAUGUUUUCAAUAGGCAUGGUAUUUUUAUUGUAAUAAAAUAUUUAUCAAAACUCAGGAAUUAUUAUUUUAAUUUCCAAAUUUCACACGUAAGGAUUUUUACCCUUUUCCCCAGUCUUGAUUAACGUCAGAUUUUCAAAGAAAGUGCCUUAAAUAUACUCAAGAUGCAAACAGUUUUCAUCAAAAUGUUCAGCUGAUGUUACCUUAGAUGGGUUUCAUCUCAUCCUGACUUCAGGUAGCCACAGCUACCUGGCAGACAGCUGACAAAAGGAGAGCUGAACCCCAUUCCUGGUGUUGCCCCCGUCAGAAGCUGGCACCUGAGUGCUUGUGUAGUCAAGCUGAGGACCUAUGCACAUGCCUUUGAGCAUGGGCACAUGUGUGUUUGUACGUGCAAGUAUGUGUGCAAGUGUGCAUGUUGUUUGUCUACCAUUAGGUCACUGUUACCGUCUUUCUGCAGCACGUGCACCCGACUGCUACAAUGCUGAACUUUUUUUUUCAUUUGAAGUUUUGUUCUUUACAUUUUUACCUUACCUUUCAUGGUAGCUUUCUCACGGUGAGCCGUGAACGUCAUCACUUCACCCCCUGCCUGCCUCUGUUUCUGUGAAAUGCUUUUCAUCUGUUAAGGUUGGAUAAUCAGUGAAAUCCAAAGUUUGAUCCUGAUCAGUGUUAUUUUCAUCAAGUUACGUUGUUACAAUAUUGUACAUGUAUAUUGUUGUCAUUUUAAUUUAAAAUAUAGCUGUUGUAUUGCCAACUGUGUAACAUAUUUUUCAUAUUUUCCUGGACUAAUUCUUCAUUAAGAGAAGUCCUGCUAGGUCAGACAUUUAGGUUUUGCAAAUAAGGACCAUAUAUACUGCCCACUUUUUGGAGCUGAUAUAUACAUAUUAGUACACUUUUUGUCUUUUUUGCAGUAUUUUUCUAAGAAGUGUUUUUACCAAAGCUCACAUUUCCUGUAAUAAUAAAAUUUUUCAAAACUUCUGCUCCUACACAGUUCUCGCUAAGAUUUUAAGUCUCAUAAUUCUCAACAGGGGCAUUUUAUCAAGUCCUCAGGACAUGUCUGUUCCUGCAUUCAUGGACAUCAUGGACAUUAAAUUCAGUUGGAGCAGAAUUAGGGCACAACAAUAGCUCUUUAAAAAACCUAACUGACAUUUGCUACCUUGAAUUAAAAAAAAAUAAUCUAAAUACUAUGGGUUUUUUUUAACAAAGGAUUUGUUUAGAAAAGCUAGGAAAAAAGGGUAAAACCAGCUCGUGGGGUAGAACAGCCAAUCUAAGGCUCUCCAAGCCACAAACAGGGGCUCACAGGUAGCAGAACAACUGCAGAGCGGCACUUGCAUCUCUUAGGAAUUGGAUGCUUGCUCAGAGCAGUGUGACAGAGUGAGAGUCAUCUGUCCCAAUGAACUGAAAAGUUGACACUGAACGGCUCAAGAUAAAAAGAAAAGCCAAAAACUUUUAAGAUGCUACAUCCCAUCUCUGUGUUUUGGCCUUUAGUUAGGUUUUACUUCUCCAGCUGCUCUGAAUUCUGCCUGUAAGCAGCUCUCUGGGAGUUAAGAGAGAGUAUUUCAGCCUGGGUGGAUUGAACUGAUACACUGGUACUACACCUCAGAGAAUCAAAUGCAAAAUUUGAUGGUUAUGGAGCAUCUGCUGUAAGCCGUGGGAUUUCAGUGUCCUGAACAGCUCUUAAUCAACACAUGAUUGACUUAGCAAGAGAAUGCUGUAUGUACUGAAAUAAUGUUAAAAGGGUUUGAUUUUAAUUGUUGUGUAUAGCUGUGUAAAAUAAUUCUGUAAUUCAUUUUCUGUGGUCACUUAAAAUAAUGUCUGUGGUUCAGGCAGUGUAAACAUACUAAAUUACCAAUAAAUAUUUGUCAUUUUGAUUCAUUACAAAAA